GGGUUAUAAAGGGAGGCGACGAAGAAAGAACAGCGACCUCUUCUUCUCUCUUCCUUUCUCUUUGGGAAGAGAUUAUUAUAAGCUUUCUUUAAUCUGUGAAAUGGUUUCCAGAAUUUUUCUGAAUAAACUCUCACUACCAUAGAAAAAAAAAAGAGCUCAAGAAAAAGAAAGCUGUGGAAAGAGAGAGAAGAUAGAAAACGAUAGCUAAAGCUCUCAAUCUUCUCUUUCUUUAGUUCUCUGCAACCUCAAGGUAACAAGAGCUUUGGAGAGAUAUAUAGUUAUGAAUAACAAGAAUCAAGAAUUGGCAUGGGUCUAGCUACUACAACUCUUCCUCAUCAUCAUCAUCAUCAUCAUCACAAGUCUUUUGACAACAGUUCAGAUUCUAUGUCCCAAGAUUAUCAUCAUCACCAAGGAAUCUUUUCCUUCUCCAAUGAAUUCCACCGACCACCAUCUUCCCAUCAGGAGGAAGUUGAGGAAUCUGCUGUCUCCGGAGCUCCGGUUUACGAAACCGCCGGAAUGUUAUCAGAAAUGUUUAGCUACCCCGGAGGUGGUAACGGUGGCUCCGGUGAGAUUCUUGAUCACUCUACUAAACAACUGCUAGAGCAACAAAACCAUCACAACAACAACUCAACUCUUCAUAUGUUACUACCAAACCAUCAUCAUCAUCAAGGUUAUGGUUUCACCAACCAGCAACAACAACAUCACUUCGCAUGGCCAUCUUCCUCCGAUCAUCAGAGUCAAGGAGAUAUGAUCGGGACCGUACACGUGGAAGGUGGAAAAGGUUUAUCUCUAUCUCUCUCAUCGUCAUUAGAAGCAGCAGCAGCAGCUAAAGCAGAAGAGUACAGAAACAUUUAUUGUGCAGCCAUUGAUGGAACUCCUUCUUCUUCUAACCAGUUAAAUCAAUUCAAGACUCUUCUUAUUGAUAACGCUUCUUCUUCUCAUCAACAUCAAGUUAUGGGACAUUUUGGGUCAUCAUCAUCUACUCCCAUCGCUGCUUCUUCCUCCAUUGGAGGGAUCUAUACGUUGAGGAGUUCUAAGUACACGAAACCAGCACAAGAGUUGUUGGAAGAGUUUUGUAGUGUUGGAAGAGGACAUUUCAAGAAGAACAAACUUACUAGGAACAACUCAAACCCUAAUACUAGCGGUGGAGGUGGUGGCGGAGGCGGUGGUGGAGGGUCGUCUUCGUCCGCGGGAGCAGCCAAUGAUAAUCCUCCUUUGUCUCCGGCUGAUCGGAUUGAACAUCAAAGAAGAAAAGUCAAGUUACUAUCUAUGCUUGAAGAGGUAGACCGACGGUACAACCACUACUGCGAACAAAUGCAAAUGGUAGUGAACUCAUUCGACCAAGUAAUGGGUUACGGUGCAGCGGUCCCAUACACGACAUUGGCCCAAAAGGCAAUGUCUCGACAUUUCAGGUGUUUGAAAGAUGCGGUAGCGGUCCAGCUAAAACGCAGCUGUGAGCUUCUAGGUGACAAAGAGUCAGCGGGGGCUGCGUCUUCAGGGUUAACCAAAGGCGAAACGCCACGGUUGCGUUUGCUAGAGCAGAGUCUGCGUCAGCAACGAGCGUUUCACCACAUGGGCAUGAUGGAGCAAGAGGCAUGGAGACCGCAACGUGGUUUGCCUGAACGCUCUGUUAAUAUCCUUAGAGCUUGGCUUUUCGAGCAUUUUCUUAAUCCGUACCCAAGCGAUGCUGAUAAGCACCUCUUAGCUCGGCAGACUGGUUUAUCCAGAAAUCAGGUGUCCAACUGGUUUAUAAAUGCUAGGGUUCGUCUAUGGAAACCAAUGGUUGAAGAAAUGUAUCAACAAGAAGCAAAAGAAAGAGAAGAAGAAGAAGAAAAUAAAAAAGAAGACAAUCAACAACAAAGAAGACAUCAACAAACAAACAACAACGACACAAAACCCAAUGAAAGCAACUUCACUCUCGUUCAGACAAUAACCGCACAAACUCCAACAACGACGAUGAUGACGUCGACACCACAUGAAAACGACUCUACAUUCCUCCCUCCCUCUACCACCGCCGCCCCUCUCGGCGUUUCAGGCGCUUUCACCGUCGCCACGUGUCAGAAAGAUGUCAGUGACUUCCACGUCGAGGAUGGUGUCAUAAGAUUCGGGACCAAACAGCCUGGCGACGUGUCACUUACGCUUGGUCUACGCCACACUGGCAAUAUGCCUGAUAAUAAGAACUCUUCUUUCUCCGUUAGAGACUUUGGAGAUUUUUAGUUUGCAUUCGUCGUUUCUCCAUUUAUCAAUCAAAUAUAUUAUAGUGAUGGAUUUUUGUUUUGGUUUUUGGGAAUAUGUUUUUAGUCUCUUUUGUCAAAAAAAAAAAAUGUUUUUAGUCUCUUCGCAUACUUUUAAGUUUCUAUUUUCUGUUUUUGUUCUCGUAAGAAUAAGAGAAAUACACGUAUAAAUGGAUAUAUAUAUAUAUCUCUAGAUACAAGAGUUCUAUUCUAUUUUAGAUUGAAAUAUGCAAUGUUUGGUUUCUUUUUUCAAAUUGCUGUCCUUCCUGAUCUCUAUGA